AUGCCGCACAACGAGUUUGUCAACCCGGCGACCGCGGCUCAUAUUCUCUGUCGAGCGCUAGCCCUUCUCUUCGAGCUGGCUAUCUUGAUAAUUCUCAUUUAUAUCAGCGCGACUGAGGGCUACACAAACGGCGUCAAAUAUGCUGGCGUUAUCUGCGCGGUUUUGUUCGAUAGCUAUGGCUCAUCCCUGCGCUACAGCGCUCUUUUUGAGAAGCAUAUUUACCUGAUAUGUGCCGUUCUUGCGAUACGCGGUGUCCUUAUAGUUGUCUCGCUGUGCGACUUUUGCCUUCGGAGGCGCCUGGACGGUCCGCAGGCGCCGCGCUGACACUUGGCCACUUUGACGGCAGUCGUUGUAUGCACGUGGAGAUGUCAAAGAGGUGGCGCCCGGCCGCGUAUGUCCCGGUUUUCAUGUUAUCUGAUCCGCUUACUUAUUACCUUGACGACCGGAAAGAGCGGAGGCAACUUGAGGACAAAGGUUAGGUAGCGAGAACAUGAGUUUGGGGUA